AGCCUUGGGUGUGUCCGCGUGUCUCAGUUCCCGCCUCGUUAUGUAAAGAAGCUCGCUGUUGUGUUUAACUCCCUCGUGACUUUCCCUCUCCUUCAAGGGGGUUAGAUGGCCCGCUGCACUCCGCCUUCCGAAAGUCUGGCAUCAAUCACGAGGGCCUGGCGGGCUUAGCGGAGUUGGAGAUCCCGCCUACUGAAAGCAUUAAUAUCUGCAGCCCCACCCUUCAGGUUUUUGCUUGCCUUACCAUAGCUCCCCAGCGCCGGCCAGCAGGUGUGAGCAUGCCUGACUUUCACCAAUCAGAUCGUCGGACGGGUUUGAAUCUAAACCACUUUCUCUCGGCAGCGGCGUAGCAGGUUGUGAAAGAGGCUUUGCGCGAUGUGCUGGGGGUGCAGGGGGCGGCGCGGGAGGAGGGGGCCGCCGCCUCGCCGGUCACCUGAGCUCCAGUCCCUCGCCACCUGAGCAUCAGAAGCCGGCCUGACUCGGCGCGGGAAGGAGUGUUUCCCUCGCGCUCUGCAGCCAUCAGGGGAAGUCCACGCCACAGCUCAGGCAGUCACGGGAGAAUAACAUGUGCUAGUCUGCGAGUGAUUUCAAUACAACAAUGAAUCUGUUACUGGUGGUGGUGAUCACGGCGAUGGGAUGCCGGAUCCAGGCCGCUGACUUAGUGUGGGACACCAGCGAGUGGACGCCCAUCCUCACGUCCUGUCGGACUUGCAACCCUGAGAGGACGUUCAAGGCCAAGGUUGUGGCCCGAACUCCUCAGAAAUCUGGAGGAUCAUUUAUUCCAGCUCCAUUGAUCGCCGAAGGAGAGUCCAUCAGUCAAGGGUCGCAGGUGUUAUCAGCCAGGCACAGGACGUCACUCCGUAGCGGUGAUGCCAAGGAACAGGGGUCUCCUUUCCAUCCCACUACUACUAUCCACAAGGCGUCUGUUGCUCCUAUAAAACCCAAAGUACUUGAGCGUAACAAGCCACAGUCUGCUUUUUCUCCCGCCAGUGUGCAGCUGAUCUAUCUUCCUGAAGGCUCCAUUCAGCAACUUGCAUCUGCCAAUGCCGCCCGCAUCAUUCCCGGCUCGACGACCCGACAGCAGCGUAACUUCGCUGGAGUGAAACAGUCAUCCCCGCUGAACCUGGUGCAAAAUGUGGUAUUUUCUGAUAAACAAAAGAGGGAUCACACGGGACGAGUGAUUGGGGGCGGCGUGUCCAACCUCUUACCUGUAUCCAUUCUCACCACUCCCGGUCAGGAACAGGAUGCCAAAGAAAAGCUAAAGCUUUUGGAAGCUGCUUUGACGGCUCCGAAAGAAAAACAACCAAAUGACGGUCGGCUGCCCCGUGUGUUCAUUGCCCCAUCCAAUGUGCCACCCCCUCCAGGCUACAUCAAAAUCCCGCUAGUACCUCAGGGGGAUUCUAGCACUCCCACUGCCCCUGAUAAGGAUGGAGCUCUGCCACAGACUUUCCUCACCUCAGACAAAUCUUCCCCGCCUCCAGGCUUUAUCAAAUUUGAUCUACCUGAUGAUGUAAGUCACCUGUCACGGGAUAUCCCUGUGGUGGUUCCCAACGACAUCCCACAAGAAGCAUCUCCUGGGUUCUCACACGCCCUUGACGACCUCGGCAUCAAUAGGCAGCCCCGAACUAGCAAGAGUCAGAGCCCACCAAUACAGACAAUACCACGCGAAGACCCCAAGUUCUCCAUUGCUCCUGGUUUCCCUAGUUCUGAGCAGCGGCCAUUCCCAUCACGUAGUCAGACUCGACAGCCUUCGCCCCUUGACCAGGCUCCUGACUUUGUACAGUUCAACCAGCCUCCACCCAACCAGGCUGUGCCCCCGUCCAGCCAAACGAGACAGUCCUUCCCGAGCCAACCACAGUUUCCACAAGUGCAACGUCUUCAGCCAACCCACUCCUUCCUUCCGCUAGACCAGUCUUCUCCACGACCUGAAAGCCCUCCUCAUCCUGAAAGACCUUCCUUGACCAUCAAUCAGGAUCAACAGCAGCCAGACCAACUUCCUCCACCCCAAGGCCAACUUUCCCCACAGACAAGAAGGCCUCCCCUUCCUAAAGAACCCAUCCCACAGAUAAACCAGAUUGUUCCUCAGUCUGGGCAGCCAGCACAAUCCCAGAAACCCUUACAACAGCCACAAAGACCAAUCUCACACAGUGGCCAACGCUUCCCACAAACUGGUCAGUCUCCACCACGCUUCGGACAGCCACCGAGGCUUGCUCCACAGCUCCCUCCAUUCAGUCAGGAUCCAUCACAGCCCAGACCACCCUUCCCACAGCCCGGCCAACAGUCUUUCCUACCACGACCUGGCCAGCAACCUCCUCUACCGCCUGGCCAACAACCCCUACCACGACCUGGCCAGCAAUCCCCACCACCUGGCCAGCAACCUCCACCACAACCUGUCCAAGAACUCCCACCACGACCUGGCCAACAACCCCCACCACGACCUGGCCAACAACCCCCACCACCUGGCCAGCAACCUCCACCACGACUUGGCCAACAACCCCCACCACGACCUGGCCAGCAACCUCCACCACGACCUGGCCAACAACCCCCACCACCUGGCCAGCAACCUCCACCACGACCUGGCCAGCAACCUCCACCACGACCUGGCCAACAACCCCCACCACGACCUGGCCAGCAACCUCCACCACGACCUGGCCAACAACCCCCACCACCUGGCCAGCAACCUCCACCACGACCUGGCCAGCAACCUCCACCACGACCUGGCCAACAACCCCCACCACGACCUGGCCAGCAACCUCCACCACGACCUGGCCAACAACCCCCACCACCUGGCCAGCAACCUCCACCACGACCUGGCCAGCAACCUCCACCACGACCUGGCCAACAACCCCCACCACGACCUGGCCAGCAACCUCCACCACGACCCGGCCAACAAGCCCCACCACGACCUGGCCAGCAACCCCCACCACCACCUGGCCAACAACCCCCACCACGACCUGGCCAGCAACCUCCUCCAAGACCUGGUAAACAACCUUCUCCGCAGCCAAUUCCAUCCAUCCCACAGCCUGGGCAAGGAUUUCCCCAGCCUGGUCAGCCAUUCCCACAGCCUAGCCAGCCAUUCCCGCAGCCUGGACAGCCUUCUAGACCACCUAACCAGCUUCCUCCUCCACAACCUGAUCACUCACAACCAGAACAACCUUCUGGACAGCCUAGCCAGCCUUCCUCACAGCCUGGUCAGCCACAGCCAGAACAGCCAUCAGGACAGCUUACCCAGCCUGCCAUUCCUUCCUCACUAUCUCAACAGCCUGACCAGCCAUUGCUACAGGGCAGACAGCCUCCGCCACCAGCCGGCCAGUCAUUCCAGCAGCUUGGCAGACCAUUCCCACAGCCUGGCAGGACCAUCCCACCACCUGAUCAGUCAUUCCCACAGCAUGGCAGGCCAUUACUACAACCUGACCAACCAUUCCCGCAACCUGGCAGACCAUUCCCACAGCCUGGACAACAACUUCCACACCCUGGUCAACCAUUCCCACAACCUGGCAGGCCAUUCUCACUGCCUGGUCAACCAUUCCCACAGCCUGACGAACCAUUCCCACAGCCUGGCCAACCAUUCCCUCAGCCUGGCCAACCAUUCCCACAGCCUGGCCAACCAUUCCCACAGCCUAGACAACCUGACCAAUUAUCCCCACCACCCAGCAAGCCUUUACCACAGCCAGGACAGCCUGGUGUUCCUCCCCAACCUAGUCAGUCUGCCUCUCUUCCUGGCCGGUCUUCUCAGCCCGGCCAACCUGCUCCACCGUCCAACCAGCCGUUCUCACAGCCUGGCCAGCCUUUCUCACAGCCUGGCGCGCCCAUAACUCACUUUGGACAACCUCGUCAUCCUCAGUUAACUUCUACUUCUCCUUCCCCAUCUACUACGCCAUCCCUGAGUCGUGGAUCAAGCUCACCAUCACAGCCCAGACUCCCCUCAACAUUCCAGACCACCCCAAGGGUCACAUCUCCUUCUACUCCAAGCCCGAAUUUCACUCCACAUUCCACCCUCGGUCAGACCUCCACCUUCCAACCUCCUACAAGCCCUAGGUUUACUUCCCAAUCCACUUCGAGGCCCAGCACCACACUACGGCCCACACCACAGCCAAGUUUCACACACAGCCAGAGUUCUACCUUCCAACCUCCCACAAGCCCAAGGUCCACUUCCCUGCCCACCCAAAAACCGAGUUCCCCGUUCCUGUCUACUCAAAGCCCGAGGUUCACUUUCCCGUCCACAACCCAUAGGGCAACAUCAUCUCCUAGAAUCAUCCCAAGACCAAGCAUCACCCCUCAGUUCACUCCACGGCCACGCUUACCUCCUAAUUCAUUCAUCUCCCAGAAUGAACAAAUCAGUUCGGAGUCUCCCUUGAUUCCACAGUCCUCGCCGAGCACCACGCCUUCCCCUAGACUCCCGCUAAACACUGUGGCUCCUGCACCUGCAGCUCAGGCGCCAAUUAUUUCUAUUCCUGGAGCAGUACCUCAAUCACUGCCAGAGUCUGCCUCUCCUUUCACACCUGGACCAGUUAGCACCACCCUCAGACCUCAAUUUGUCUCCACAAUUGAGUCCUCAGACUCUCCUGCACCUUCUGAGAGACCCUUUGUGUCUUCCACCCUGAGGCCUCAACCUGUCUCCUUCUCAGGCUUUCCAGCACCACUCCUGAGAUCCACUCCAAGCCCCCAGCCAGUAUCCUUCCCUCCUCGUCCACUUAACCUUCCUACCUUUGCACCUUUCGGUGCUAGUAAGCAACCAUCUUUACAUCAACCUGAGAGCGAAAAGAAGAUUAGACAACGGCCUCGUACUCGCAUUCCUUCAUUUAGAAAGCCUCAAAAGCCUUCAACUCCAGAGCCAGAGUCGCCUGUUAAUCAAAACUUUGCGCCAUUCCAACCACCAACACUGACCUCCACAGGAAUAGAGGACCAGACACCUUCUCUCCAGCCAGAGGUAACAACUGAAGAGAUCCUUUCCACUGUGUCUAGCGCGCGACCUGCUGCCCCCACCACCACCACUACCACACCCAGGGUCACCACCUUCAAGCCAAGGUUCAAUUUCAACAUCGCCAACAGACGUCCGUUCCUACGGCGCAAACAGCGUCCCGGAGCUACACCGGAAAAGGAGGAUGAGGGAGCAGCAAAAAAGGAAACCGACACCACGUUUAAAAAGGACGGAGGUGAGAAAAAGACUGAGACCGUUACGCUCUUCCCGCCCUUCUCUGUUGCUCGCACGCUCAACCCACUGCGAGCACAGAAAGAAGGUAACGAUGAUGAGGCCUCCUCUCCAGGAGUGACAGCGCCUCCUACAGGCAUCUUUGGAAGACGGCUUAAGCCUCGAACCCGACGCCCACUUGCAAGUAACCGUUUCAGAACCAGAGAGUCUACUACCACCGCUAACGUGGUCGAAGAGGUCACACCUGGAACCGUCGCUCCUACAGAAGUUCCCAGCGAAACCAGAAGUAGAGGUCGCGGACCAACAGGUCUGAGAGGCCGAGAGCUCCCCGAGUGGCUGAAGGAACGACGACGCAAUCGUGCACGCGGGCGUUUUAGAGGAACAGAGGCUCCUCGCAAGACGGAAAAGAAACAGGUAGAGGACGCUCCUUUGGAUGUACUUGAGAACAAUGGAUUUAAUGGCGCCGAAUCCACAGUAGUAGAAUUCAGCAGACCGCCCGAGAAUAAUGUGCAGCGGCCCCUCAGUCCCCACGACGCUCUGAAACAGCUGGCGGAGGACGCUAAUGAUGGUGCCACCGAGAGCAUUGCAGAGUUGUUGGAUGCUGCAUCGAGAGCUGGGUCUAGGUAUGUCAGUGAGCCAACUCAAGAUUCUGGGACAGGAACACACACUGUUCAACUCGAUACUCCGCCAGAACACGCCACAAACAUCGAAGAGGAGCCCGCUGUCUAUGGUAGUCCCAGUGAAGAUAGAGAAACAGUGGACGCAGAAUAUGCUGAUGAUGCUCCCGUUGUGGAUGAAGCUGAAAUCGACUCUGCACCUGAGCCUGAGCCUGAGCCUCAGGCAGAGAUCUUCGAUGAUGCUGCCGCGAUCCAACCCGAGCUUCAGCACCCACCACAGUAUGUAUCUGAGGACGACCUUCAGGACAAACCCGAGACGCUCCUCCCACCUCAUCGUCUUUCAGAAUUACCCUUAUCUCCUUUGACUCACCUUAGCCCUACGAGGACAGCUCCCACACUCUCCCCAGCACCACAGAACCGACCCAGACAACAACCAAAUUUUUCACGCCCUUCUACAGAAAACCUUGAUGAUGGAAUUACAGGGACACACACUAAGGAGGACCAUACAGAAGCCUUUGCCCCCAAGGACAAUACUGACACUCCUGACAGCGACCUUAAUGAUAGAACGACUGUGGCUGUUGUCAGUGCCAGUAAUACCAACACCGGGGAGGGGGGAGCUGUAGGACAGGAGGAAGAUGACACUUCUUACAAUGAGUACCAAUUGCGUACUGAACUCCCAGAAACGGGAACUCUGUACCCUAACAUUCAAUUCACUACUCUUUCCCCAGGCGAGUCAGAAGACUACUACGCCUAUGAAUAUGACGACCUCUAUGACGACCACGCCGAGCGGAGUGAGGAUCAGAACUUCGGCGGAAGCAGAGCUGAAGUUGUCUUCGCUGUCCCUGUCACAGACUACGAGUAUAAUCCAGAGGAAGCGCUGACAACUACUCCAUCGGCUGAGGUUGUUGUGGAGUUCAGUGAGGCCUCUCCUACUGAACCUAAAGUAACGGACUCGAUGAGCACCGAGAGCACUCAGGCUGUCACCGAGGCUUCUCAAAUGGACACUAGUGAUUCCGAAAACACUUUCAAUAUACAUGACAUAUUAGAUGUGCCUCAGGUAACUGAGGAGGUGCCCCCAGUGACCGAAGAGUUUCUUCAGGUGACCGAAGAGGUACCCCAUGUAACUGAGGUGCCCCAGGUGACCGAGGAAGUGCUUGAGGUGACCACAGAGGUGCCACAGAUGACCGAGGAGGUUCCUGAGAUGACCACCGAAGACACAAUCCCCGAGACAACCAGUGAAUUUGUGGUGACCACCGAGACUCACCCUGCGACUGACGCCUCCACCAUCGAAGGGAAGGUUGAAGAGCAGCAGCCACACGCCCCCUCCUCUACCCCGAAACCCGCGACGCCUCUCAUUACUUUCCUUCCUUUCCCCUUUACCACCACCACCACCGCCCCCACCACCACCACACCCGCCACCUCCACCUCCAGGCGGCGACUAGUGCCCAUCAGACCUCUCCACGCUCGUCUGCUGGGCGCCAGGAAGAAGAAACUGUCCUCAGGGGCGUCCUCCGUCAAAGUUAAGAAGGACUCCAACGCCCUCAAGAUCGUAGGCAAAUCCACCGUGGCGGAGGUCCAGUCCUCUGACCCUGUGGUUUGCUUCCCUGGACAUCCCUGCGUCAGGGCAGUGGGAGUGGGGCGUCUCCUGCGUCCAUAAACACCUCAUCACUUCACCUCCAUCCUCAGGCUUUCUAAUGCACCCUGUCCUGCCCUGAACCAAACACAUCAGUCAGGUUUAUUUUCUCAAUGUUAGUUUCAUCUUAUUCAUUCUCACUAAAACCAGUGGCCACUUAGGUUAAGGCGGAUCACACACACACACACACACACACACACAUACACACAGUAAAGUUGGAUCACCAUUGUUCAUUCCCACCACAGGCUACCUGGCAUCUCACUAAAUCCUAAAGUUUAAGAAAUAUCAAAAUUACCAUUCAUAUAAUAGCUGAACUUUACCAUGGCAGCAAAAUUUGAUAAACAUAAUGAUCUGAGAUGUUUCUUGAAGCAGUGUUCCGUUUGAUGCAUUAGCCAAUGUGGGGAGCAUGGAUAUGGUGGCGGUGGUGGAACCGCGCAGCCACACCUUUGGGCGGGACAGUUGUGUUUUUGUAGAUAUGUAAUUUAUUUCUCAGCCUCGGAGAGCGUCAGCUGGUCUGCUGCUCCUGUAAGGCAGUCCUGGAGCCGCCAGUCGGGGUCACUGUUCAGUCAAUAUGUAUUAUUUAAGUUGUGUAUUAUAACCACUAAAUAAAAAGUUGUUUUAUAUAC